CGCGAAGUUAACACAACCACCCCAGAAGAAUUCAAAUCGAAACUCUCACGAAGCCACUUCGAACUACGAGACACAGUUAUUAGCAAGCAGUGGCCCAUCGUACACCAGGACGUGUCCGGCGUGAGGAAGCCCGCGAGCGCGCUGCUCGGCAGCAAGCAUCACCACCAGCACCACCGCCGCGGCCGCUGCGCACGCUCCGGCAACCGCCAAUACCACCGUCCUCACCGCGACGCGCGCACCUUAGCCCAUCCCCCGCCCCCGCGGAAGCUGCCGCCCCCGCUACCACUCGCUACGAUGACGGCCUCCGCAGAAGCCCACUCGGCGCGGUACGAGCCCAUGGAGUCGGUUCUGCUCUUCCACAACCUAGUUGGCGCCGGCGGGGUCAGCAUGGAGUCGCUCCAAGCGGCGGCUUCGAUCCUAAUGAACAAUCCGCUCGUCGACGCUACCCACGACCGCGAGCGCUUCGAGCCCGAUGCCCUGCGGAAACACGUCUUCCACAUCAUUGAGGACGACGGCAUGGCUCCUGUCGAUCCGGCGCUGCUGCAUCGUGCUACCGUAAAGCUGUACGAACGCUUCAGGAAAACGAUUAUAGCUUCCAUCAGGGAGGACGAGAAGCAGUACUUUCAGAUGCAGCGUGACAUCAAGGAAAUCACAGCUGGACAUUGGGAUGAGAGAUUGCAAGUAGACUAUCGUGAGAGGACGAGGACGAGGAGUAGGAGUAGGAGCGAGAGCAGGAGUGUUUCGCCGGAGAAGGGAGAGUCACUCGCCGCCGAGAAGACGGCAUCCCCCGCGCUGCGUCCAGUGGUGGAGGUUGUUGUCAAACGGCCUACCCUGGUUCCCGUCGUAGCUCCCGGGCCGAUUGUGAGGAGUGAAAUGCCACGGCUGCCACCGGCUACGGCCAAGACACCUGUUUCGGUCGCAGCACCGAAGGAGCCGAAGCCGGCGGAGCAAGAAAGAGCGGGGAGUACCCCAGCACCGUCAGUGGUGGUGGCUCCACGGCGUCCCAAGACACCACAGACGCCUGCGGUUCCCGCGGUUCAAGCUCCUCCGACAACCAGAUCUCUUCCGCCUCCGCAAGCGCAAGUGAUUCCGCCUCCUUCUCCGCCGCCUCCACCUCCGCCGCCGCCUCCCCCUCCUCCUCCCAUCGAGGUUCCUUUCGUGGUCACUCCUCAGCUCGUGAACGCGCCGCCAGCGCAAAAUCAAUUGGACUCUGCAAAGAAGCCUAUCCCCCAAACGGGUUCUCUUGCGCCGACCCAACCCGCAACACCUAUUCACGUUUUGCCCGAGCGAUCCCCGGUGCCGCAGCUCUCGAAGCCUCCUAUAAGAGGAAGUUCGAAAGCACGGUUGAAGCAGCAGCAAGAGGCACAGGAACGGCAGAGGCAACAGCUGCAACAACAACCGCCUCCCCCUCCUCCUUCAUUUGCACCUUCGGCGGCAGCUCCAGCUCCAGCUCCACCACCACCUCCACUAUCACCACCCCCGCCGCUUCUGGAGGUACCGCCUCCACCACCCCCACCACCCACGUUUCAGGUGCGCCCACGACCAGAAGCUGCGAUUCUGCCACAGCCACCGCGGCUCUCGACAGAUACCCGAAAACAACAGCACGGCCAGGUUGCAACGCCGCCUCGCCCUGCAGGCCGACAGCUACCACCGGUACCCGUUCAUUCACAGCAGAUUCCGGUCACACCUUCGCACUCCCCUAUUGCUCCCCAGUCAGCGGCCAAACCCAUCCAAACUCCCCGCACAGCACCUCCGAGAAGCAUCAUUCCCGGCUCCGUAUCGGCCGGACUCCCAGGACAGCCUCCCAUACCCGUUCCAGCUCGACCUUCACCUGGUACACUCGGUCUUCUCGUGAAGACGGGAGAACGGCUUCAUAACAGCAAGGCCCCAGAACAGCGCGCCACACCUUCCCAGAGUCCACUGCAGUCGUCGCAAUCUCCUGCGCGCCCACCGCACAUAUCGCCCGCUCGAUCGUCCCCUGCACAUGGUCCGCACCAGGUGCGUGUGAACCACGGAGGAGUGCCACCGCCACGACAGCCUGUGUUUGUGCCAGGUCCACCGGUGACACCGCAACACGGUGUACGCGCGCAGCCGAUGCCACUACCACAUCUGCCGCCAGUGCCCGCUUACGGCGUCAUGUAUGCACCUCAGAACAGUCCCGGCGGCACGCCGCAAUCAAUCCAUCACCCCAUGCAGCAGCAUCCGCAUCCGCAUGGCUUCUCGUCGCCUCACGGCGGGAGCCCACAGUACGGACCAUACGCCUUCACACCGCCGCCUCCGCAGAACACAAUGCAUCCUCACAACCAGCAGCAGCAGCCAAUGCCACUCCCGCCGAUGCAGCAGAUGCAGCUACACCCCGCACUCCCCGUGACGGCAGGCGCAAGGAAUGUGCUCCAGCCAGCCGUACCAAGCACCAUGCCCCCUCCUGUGGGAUACGAUCCCGGCUCGCCCGUCCAGCCCAGCUCGAACGAUAUCUCGCCGAUCAGCACUCCACCCGGGUCGCCAUUGCCGCAUGCACGGCCGAAGCCCGCCGCGACAGCAACUGCUACUCCCUGUCAAGCUGCCCCAGGACACGCCGGCGCGCCGAAGUCGCUCGUUGCUAUCGCCGCGAAACCGGAUGCGAACAAGGCGGCGGCCGCCUCUGCAAGCAAGAAGGGCAAAGCGGCUAUCGGUCGGCCUAGGAAGCGACCGUUGGAAGUAUCAGAGCUGGCGGCUGAAGGUGGCGAGGGCCCGUCGUCGUCGGUGGGAUCGGUAUCGGCGAAGAAGGAGGGUGUUGCUGCUGCUUCAGCGCCGCCUAAGAGGCCAAAGUUGAAGGAUGUACUCGAUUCUGCGGGCGAGGGCUUUCCGAGCACUCCGUCGGCGAGAGGGGGCCGUGGCGGUUCAAGAGGAGGCAAGUCUACGAGAGGAAAUGGACGCGGGAGGCCGCGUGGAUCCACGAAGGCUACAGCUGGUGCUAGGACUACGGGGCUGGAGAGACGGGAUAAGGAGAAGACGGCUGAUGCACAGAGCGAUACCGCGCCGAAGACUCCCGGUCCUGCUAGGAGCGCAACUCCGUCGAAACCGGCGGCUACAACUAAGAAUUCGCUGCCCCCUCCGCCGACCAGGAGAAGCCCCGACACCCCUUCGACGAAGGCCCUUCCUAUCAACACACCAAAGAGGGAAUCUACAGAAACUCCGUCGACUUUCACGGAAACGCCAGCCGAGCCUGCCGCUAGGAAGGCGAGCGAUGGAGAUGCCGACAUGAAAACCCUCGAGCCGGAGAAGCCUGCGGAGUCCCCUGCUGCCGCAUCGUCAUCGCCGGUCGCGCAUCGCUCGCGCAAGCGUAAGGCGAGUUCCCCGCCGGAGGGGGGCACGGACGACACAGAAGACGAGCAGGACCAGAGCUCCAACGUGUCGCCGAGCGUUUCUCGGCCUCCGCAGCCACGCGCGCUCACGAUCCCGCCGCCCAUGACCCUGACCGCCGGGCAGCAGCCGAUGAUUACUGCCUACAGGAGGUUCAGCGGGCUGGCUACCCCGCUGAUCGGAAAUAUCUUCUCCCACAAGUUCGCAAACCUCUUCUCGGCGCCUGUGCCGGAGCGGUUGGCACCUGGCUAUAAGAAUCUCGUCUUCAGACCGCAGGAUCUCAAGAGCAUCAAAGCAGCCGUCAAAGCCGGCGCCGUGGCGAUGCAAUCGCUAUCGACCACCAGCGCCGUCGCGACGCCGACAACCGCGGACAUGCCACCUCUGUACCCCAGCACGUCCUCGACCGUCGUGACCACCACGACGGUCACCACGCCCGCCACCACGGCCGUCACCCCGCCCCGCGGAAUCGUCAACUCCCAGCAGCUCGAGAAGGAGCUGUUCCGCAUGUUUGCCAACGCGGUCAUGUACAACAAGAUCUCGACCGAGAUCGUCAAGGAAACGGUCGAGAUGGCGAAGACAGUGCAGGCUAUGGUUGAUGACUUUCGGGGCGCGGAGGAGGUGGGCGCGAAGAAGAGACUGCUCGCUACCAAGGCCGUCGAGGAGAGGGAGCGCGAGGAGAGUGAGAGUGCUGCUGGGAGUGUGCUUGGUGAGGGUGAGGAUCUGGGGGAUAGAAACAGGAAGACUCCUGUGAGGGGGAAGAAGCCGAGGAAGAAGGGGAGGAUCUCGGCGGCGCAUGCUAUGGCGGAGAAGAGGGAGGAGGAUGUCAAGGAGUAGAGAUGUGUGUACUCCCGCGUUUUCAUGGAUCCCUUGCAUCUACAUUCUGCCAUUUCUUAAGGAGGCUAUAUGGAGGUAAUGAUGUAGGAAUGAUGGUCAUUCUUCAUUCUUCAUUCUUCUUCUCUCUGCUCGGUUUAGUUACUCUCCAACUCCAACUCUUUUUACUCUUUUUACUCUU